UCUCUCCGUGCAACCAUCUUCCCUGUGGCUGUGCAACCAUCACCCGUAUCGUAAAAUCCGCUAGUGAAAUAGUGAAACAGAGGUUUGUUCCCCAAAUCACAUAGGGUUUCUUCCCCAAAUCCAGAUCUGGUAACAAACUCCCCCAAACCCUAAUGCCCCGAAAUCCCCAACCCCAUCUCUGCCCUCUCUAGCAACCGCCUCAACCUCCAAAACCGCAAUUAGUGGUUCAUUGUUUCUAUUCGGUAAUGGACUAUUUCAUUUGGAAAUCUAUCUUAUACUAAUUAGUUUUGUAGAAGUUUGAUGGUUUGGGUUUUUAUUCUCCACCUGAUUAGCGAGUCAACUUGGAGGUCCCGAAUACUGCAACGACCCUCGUGUUCGACAAAAUGCCAAGCCGAGCCUGCUUCCUUAGAAACGUACAUAAAUUGUCUCUGUGAAGAGGGGAAGAUUGAAGAGGCCUCAUACAUGUUUUCAGAGUUGAAGAAGGUUCAAUCUCUACUGAAUCUUAUGGUCUGGAAUGUGGUCUUGCUGGCUUCUCUCCUGGCUGGACAAACUAAUCUAGUGUGGGAAUUGUAUCGUAGGAUGAUGGAGUCUGGUGUUGCAGGCGAUCUCGAGACUGUUGGUUGUCCGAUUUGGGGGUUCUGCAAGGAGAAGUAGUUAUUGGAGGGUUAUGAGCUUCUUUUGGAGGAUUUGCU